ACGUGGGGUCACGGGGGAGCGACGGGGAGACUCCGUGUGCCCGUGGUGGGUUGUCGGGCUGUUGCUCCCUGGCUGAUGGGGCUGGCGGAGGGGCUGGCGUGGUGCGCGCCGGGAGUCGACUGAGCUCCUUUGAUUUCCCCUUCUUCUCAUUCACGCAAUGAGGCGCAACGAGCGGAAGGGUCACGGUGGGGUCCCCAGCAAGGCAGCGUUGGAGGAGCAGCCCAACGGCGGCGCGCUUCCCGUGACGGUGGGGGCUCCCGGUGGCCGUGGAGACUUGCCGGUAGCCAGCCCUGCCGCUCAUGGGGCUCGGCGCAGCACCGAGUCCGAAGUGUACGACGACGGGACCAACACUUUCUUUUGGCAAGCGCACACCUUAACAGUCCUGUUUAUCCUUACCUGUACACUGGGAUAUGUGACCUUACUUGAAGAAACCCCACAGGAUACAGCCUUCAACACAAAAAGAGGUAUUGUUGCCAGCAUUUUAGUCUUUUUGUGUUUUGGAGUCACACAGGCUAAAGAUGGGCCAUUUUCAAGACCUCAUCCAGCCUACUGGAGGUUCUGGCUAUGUGUCAGUGUUGUAUAUGAGCUUUUUCUCAUCUUCAUACUCUUUCAGAAUGUACAAGAUGGAAGACAGUUCAUGAAAUUCAUCGAUCCAAAUUUAGGAGUUCCCUUGCCAGAAAGAGACUAUGGUGGAAAUUGCCUUAUAUAUGACCCUGGAAAUGAGACUGAUCCAUUUCAUAAUAUCUGGGAUAAACUGGAUGGCUUUGUUCCUGCUCAUUUCCUUGGCUGGUAUCUAAAGACACUAAUGAUUCGUGAUUGGUGGAUGUGCAUGAUCAUCAGUGUAAUGUUUGAAUUUCUGGAGUACAGUCUAGAACAUCAGCUUCCAAACUUCAGUGAAUGUUGGUGGGACCAUUGGAUUAUGGAUGUACUCUUAUGCAAUGGACUUGGUAUUUACUGUGGCAUGAAGACUUUAGGGUGGCUUUCCUUGAAAACCUAUAAAUGGCAAGGGCUUUGGAACAUUCCCACUUAUAAAGGUAAAAUGAAGAGAAUUGCCUUCCAGUUCACACCAUACAGUUGGGUUAAAUUUGAGUGGAAACCAGCAUCCAGCCUUCGCAGAUGGUUAGCAGUCUGUGGUAUCAUGUUUGUAUUUUUAUUGGCAGAAUUGAACACUUUUUACUUGAAGUUUGUCCUUUGGAUGCCACCAGAACACUACUUGGUCCUGCUGCGACUUGUCUUUUUUGUGAAUGUGGGUGGUGUAGCUAUGAGAGAAAUCUAUGACUUCAUGGAUGACCCGAAGUUCCAUAAGAAGUUGGGUCAGCAGGCGUGGCUGGUUGCUGCUAUCACAGCCACAGAAUUCCUUAUUGUGGUAAAAUAUGAUCCAUACACCUUAAUGUUGUCACUUCCUUUCUACAUUACUCAAUGCUGGAUCCUUGGAAUCAUGCUUGUGCUCGUAUGGACAGUAUGGCGCUUCUUCAUUCGUGACAUCACCUUGCGUUACAAAGAGAUAAGAAGGCAAAAGCAAGAACACAAGCACAAGAAGGACAAGUGUCUGAGCAAUGGGGACGGACUUUCUGCUUUGGCAGAUGAGCACAGUGGGAAUAAACUCAGAGAGAAAAAACUUUGAACUUGAGUAACAAAUUAAGGGCUAAGUGGAUUAUUUUACUGAAGUCAAUGUAAUUUGACUUGCAAGUUUAACCCUACCUAAUUUUGUAAGUUUCAAUGUUUUCUCAUGUGUGGAGAAUUGAGUUGGGAAAGAUGCCAUCUAAUCUUGUUUGCAGAAGAUGUUUACAGCUAACUGAAGCAACCAUCUGAGUGUGUUUUUGUGUCAUCUUGCAAAAAGGAAGAUUGGGGGGGCUUAGACAGGUGCAAAGGGAAUCCACUAGCCCCAGUUCUGGAAAGCUGAUAACUGCUUGGAGCAUCAGGAAUACAUUUUAUGGAAUUAUGUGCACUGUAAAGGAACUGUUGGGUAUUUUCUACUGAAACAGCUGCCAUGAGCUGUGAUGUAAAACUCAUGUCCUUUUGAUUCAUUCACCUGUUGGGGGCACUAUCAGCAAAUUAAGUGGCAGGAUAUGAUUGAAGCAUGAGAACAAACUGCAUAACUUAUGCAGCCUACUAUUGUGACUGUCCCGGAGAUGUCCUGAUUCCUAGCUGCCUGUUUCUCAAAGCAAAGUUGCAUUACCUUGAAGUAGCCUUCUAGUUUUAUGUAACAUAAUACCUCUCAGCCCAUCUCUACCCUGAUCAUCUCUUUAGGGCAACAAGGUGAACUUUGCUGUCCACUAGCUAAAUAGAGCAAGUGAAAGCUAAUAGGAGAGGUAAUCCACCAAAGCUUCGGGUUCUUUGCCUUAUUCCACUGCACAGCUGCUUUCUGUUCUUCCCAAGGCUGUGCUUACUACAAUCAUGGACUCCCAUUAGGCAAAGCAGAGGGUGUUGUUUGAGCCAUCAAAGUAGCUGAAGUGCAUUAAAUACUGUGGGGGUGCAGGUAAGCAGCUGCAAUGUGACACAGUCCUCCCCUGAAUGGUUGGAGACUACGACUGACAUUACCUCAGAGCCUCCAGUCACAGAGUUCUGGCUGACUUGUGUUUAUCUCACCUCCCACAUCAAAGCUUGGACAAAUAGUGUCCAUGUUUAUGAACACCUUUUGUAUGACAGCAGUUACCAUAGGAACUUGGGCACAUUCCUUAAACAGCUAUGCGGGUUUUCCUUUCUGUGUAACACUGAAUUAAAAUUUAAUUUAAUCAGUCCUAAAUCUGUUGAAACUGUUAGACAUUUAUUUUGAAGUGAGUAUAAGCUAAACAUUCUAAGCCUCAUCUUGCCACCCUCAUCCUCACCCCCAUAAAAUCACUAAAAAUGCUGCUGGUUAAAGCACAAUGCACAGAACUUGGCUCCCUUACAGUUGAUUCUUGAAUAGUCAGAACUCUGCCUUUCCCUUGUUUCUACAAUGACACUAAAAUAUUUUUUCUUUUAAACAAUGGGCACUUUCAGCAGGGCAAAAUAAAAAUAUAUCCAUUCAAAUGAAUUUUUCACAGUUUAGCAAAUGAAGAAAUCUUUAGCACAUUACUUGAGUGACGGAACUCAUCUUCAAGAUCAGUAUGAGGAUGGUCAGAUGAAGGCUAUUGAUUUUAUGCCUAAUAUAAUAAGACUUUGGCUGGUAUUAGAAUUUAUCUGCAGGAGUGUACUGUGGGCUGUAACUAGACAUUAACAGACUUCACCUGAGGGCAUAUGCUUGUAUGUAUAUGAAGCCUUUCCUACGUAUGGAUGCAGUACAUUUUUGUAACUGCAGGUUCAUUUUGUUACCUAUCUUGUGAACUGACUGAAGGUAGUACUUGUGAUGGUGUGAUCCCAGUUGUACGAGGCUUGGGUAGGCAUAUAGUCUGUUCUUGUACUAGUGAACUUUGCCCUUGUAAUUUUGUGUUGUAAUGUUCUCUGUGUAAUUCUGGUGGUAACAAGUGCAAUGGAGAGAAUUUGAUAGUUUUCAAUUUUCUUUUGUUAGGAAUCAGUUACAUUAAAAUUGAAGCAUAAGUGGUUGGAAAACUGUUUCCCAUGUGGAAGUUGAUCUGCUCUCAGUCUUACUUUUAUACUAUUUGUUCAUUGAAAUAUUGAGUUUUACAGUUAGUAUGUAUAACCGAACAAGUGUAAUAAAAGGACGUUUGCUGAUGUA